AUGUUUUCUUCGCCGCCCAAGGGGCCUUCGGGCCAACGGUCGACCACCCGUAAUCCGCAACCAGCAACGCCCUCACAUAUUGGCGCGAAUGCAUCGCAGCCCAACCCUUCUGAACAAACAAUGAGCACUGCAACCCAGCUUACCCCUUCCCGAGCGACCCAGCUGGCUCAGGCUAACUCCCCCAACACCCCUUUCGACAUUUCAUCCGACUCUGAAAGUUCGGAGUCCGAUUUCUGUGAGAUUCGGCAUAUUCAGCCUUCUCCCAACAGAAAGCGUAAUCUCCCCGCGGCGGACCAGCGAGUCCAGCCCAGCAAGAAGGCAAAGACCGAGCAAACGCCUCCUGUGACUUCUGCUUCUGUCAACAAGAAACCGACUUCCCAAGCCUCUGGCCCUUCUCGUGCUCCGGCUCAACCCUCUUCGAGCGCCGCAGCUCCAAGCCGCAGCAGCUCGGUGUCCUCAAAGGCCGAACCUGCCGUCAAAGCCAAGUUUCUCCCUCAGUCUGACAACAGCUCCGACUGCUUCAUUGAAAAGGUCCUUCCUUCACCAAAGCGACGCCAACAGACUCAGCCUCAGCCCGGCAAGAGAAGACGCAUCGACCGCGCCGGCAACGCUUCGGCCCUUGUCAGCGAAGAGAGCCGCUAG